UAGCUUUUCAUGUACUGCCUGCUAAACGUCCUCGCGUCUGUUUGAAACAAUUCAUUUUCUCACAUUUGUUUUAACUCACUUUAGCGAAAUGUAACUUAUUGUAACUUUUUAAAAACGUUUGAUAAUCAGCAGCAUGUCUUCAGCAGCGGUGAGUGGUUCUCGGACUCCUCUCCUGCCAGACAUUCACAAUCCCGAUAAACAGAGGAAAACACCAACGUCUAAGUCCUUCCCGGAAUGGAUCAAGGAGAAUCCCGUCCAUCCUGCUGCAGAGAAAACACAAAUCCCCACCGAGCACGAAAUAGCGCAAUUCAGGAAGCCUCUUCGUCACAGUGUUUGCGUGGAGCUGCUGCGCGAGGGCUUUCAUCGCUCGUAUGAGCAGAUGUUUGCGCUGCUGCAGCGCUGGGACGGAGCGGAGGAGCAUCCACACAAACUUCACACGCUCCAGCAACACCUCACCCGCGCCGAGUCCGCCGAGAGAGACGGACAGUAUGGAGAGGCGUAUGACAGCCACAUGUUGUUGGCCAGGUUUUUCACAGAGCCGGAGGACGAAUGGUUGAAGCAUCAUUUCCUUCAGCUGGCCCUCGAUUCAGCUCGCAAAUUCAAAAUGGACUCUGGCAAAAGAGAGGCUGAGGCCAACUUAUACAUGGGCCAAGUUUAUUUGCAGAAGGGUCAGCUGGAGCGAGCACGAGAGCAUUAUGAGGUGUUUUAUCAUCUGACCUUGGGCCGUACGUGGCAGGACCCCAGCGGCCGCAUGCAGCACUCACGCUCAUGUGAGGAGCUCCAGAAGGUGUUCACGCUGCUAGGACAGAGAUUGCUUCAGGAACAAGACCACGCGUACGCCAUUAAGAUGUUCACUAAGGCCUACGAGAUGGCUAAAGAGUCGGGAGAUGGAGGGUCAGAAAGAGAAGCAGCAUAUAGGCUGGGCCUGGCGUAUCAGAGCACUGGAAACCAGAAGACCGCUAAACAGUUUUUCAGUGUGUGUAUGGAGAUCUCCACAACACUUGAAAAUGCAGACAGCCUGGGAAGAGCUUAUGAAGCCAUUGCCAAAUCUCUGGAGAGUGAAGGCAAACUAACAGAAGCAACUGAAUACCUGGAGAAAUUUGUGGAGAUUUCUCUAAACAGCAGACAGGACAGAAACCUCGAGAAAGCCUACAUGUGCCUCGGAAAUAUCCUCAGCUUGAGAAAGCAAUAUGAUGGAGCUCAUGAACAUUUUGGACGCGCGUAUGAGAUUGCAUGUAAUCUGGCGUCGUUGGUCAGGCUGCAGAAGGCUCAGGUGUGUGCAGGUAGCGCUCGUGCACUCAGCAUGAUGCAGGCCUAUCACAGGCUCAUAGAAACGCCAGGACGCCAGGAAAUAAAGAGGAUCAUCAGCUGGAAGGAGAGAAGAAAUAACAGUGCACCAUUAGAGGAAGAAAUGAAGAGAUGAACAGUGGAAGGCAGAUGUUUGCCUGAAGGCUGAAUAAAGUAUUAUUAUAUCUACUUCAAAUCUGUCUUUUAGAGAGUGCUUCUCAUGGAAAUAAUUUACUUGUGUGAACUAAAUGUAAUGUUUUCAGACAAUGAAUUGGAUGUUAUUCAUUUAGAAAUCAAAUUAAAAUGUAUUUUACAUUUUUAUUAAAUGCAAAUAGCUGAACUUUUUUGAGCCACUUAAUCAGUACAAGUACAUCUUUAUAUGUUAUUUAUUAUUGUAAUUUAUAAUUCUCUUGUCUAUUGAUAAAUGGUGAAACAUACUGAUAAGUGAUAAGUAUUAAUGGAAAAUGAAAAUAUACUUUAAUGUCACUUCUAUUGAAACUCCACAUUUAAUGUAUAUUAACUUCAAAUGUAAUAUUGAAUAACACUACAGUACAAUUCUAAUCAAGUAAUCAAGGACUGUUAAUCAAAAUAAGUGCAUCUCUUUAAAAGCACUACAAUAGAUUGUUAAAACAUAAUGAUUUAAAAUGUACUUGAAUGUAAAACUUUCACAAAGUGCACUUUUUACAAUCGUACUUAACAGUCAAGAAAAUGUUUCUACAUUUAAAAGGGCCUUUUAUUUCAUUAAUAUAUUAUCUGCAAGUACAGUUUUUUAUAUAUAUUGUAUUUUAUAAGGGAUAGUUGACAUGUCAAACCUGUGUGACUGUAUGCCUUUUGGAUUUUGAAUCAACUGAAACCACACAAAAACCACACACUACUUUUGGCAUUAGAAACAGAAUUAUGUGAACCAAAAUGUUUAAUAGAAUUUUACUCCUUGCACUGUUGUUACGCUCUUGAUCUUUAUCUUCUGUCUACCGGGUGAAUGAACGAGUGUAUAAAAAAGCUGUUAGUUCAUUCUGAUAACACUUUACAAUUUAAAUGAAUAACAAAUAACAAACAAAACACUGUACACAAUGUGUAAUAUCAAGAUAAAAAUAUAAUGAAAUUUGAUUAUAUAAUAUCUGAAUGAGGUACACUGCUCUCAGAGGUGUUAUAUAAUGGCUUAAUGAUUAAUUUUUAUUAUUAUUGCAAAAUGUAUGGCAGUUUUAUUUGCCCUGAGAUAAAAGUUUAUGUGCAGAAUAAACACAACUACAUACAGUGCCGGGAGUGCCAUGUGAAAAGAAGUGCACUUAAUGUGCACUUGUAUUGUGCUUCAAAUCUUAAGUAUAUUUUUAAAAAACUGUACUUGCAUUUAAUAUAUUAAUGAAAUGAAAGGUCGUUAAAAAGUGCACUUUGUAGUAAUGUCAAAUUAAGUUUUAAUUAAAGUACAUUUUAAAUCACUAUGGCCCGAUUUUAUAGACAGAGAUUAGACUAAGCCAGGAUUAGGCCAUUUAAGUAAUUUUUAUAAUCGUGUCUUAGAAAAAAAAAAAAAAACAUUACUGGUGUGCAUCUAAAAACAAAACAAAGGAACUGAUGUAUUUUAAGAUCAGUCAGUGCAUUUCUUUCAGCUCAGACUUACAUUUUAGUCUAGGACUAGGUUUAAGCCUUGUUUGUGAAACGAGGUGUUUUAAUAAUCACUGUUGUGCUUUUAAGAGCUACACCCUUUUUGAUGUGCUGACUAACAUACUAAAGCACAUGUAUGGCACUUGUAAUUUGUGUUAC